GGCAUCUUUGCUUGCUUUGAAACUCCUUUGUUCUUUAUUUUGUGUCCGUCCCACCUCUUUGUACCUGUGGGAUUGUCACUUUAGCAGCACCUAGGACCUAUUUUCCUCUGCCCGCGCGCUCUCCUAUUCCCUCUUACCUCCCUCCCCUCAGAACCGCUGUGACCGUCAGCCCUCCACCGUUGGACUAUGCCCCCAUCAGUCAGCUGAGGGAGGGGCCUCUAUGCUGCUCGGGGCUCCCACCUGGACAAGGCUCGGGCCGAAAUCAAAGAGGAGAUGGUUAGGUUAUUGCUGAAGAUGCAAGCUUCAACUGUCUCACCUGUGACCAACACUACUUCAAACACAACCACCAUCACAAAGAGCAAAGAACAAAUACUCAUCCAGAGUUCGGGGGCAAUGAUCGCUGUCAUCGUUUUAGGAAUCAUCGUCAUUCUCGCCAUUCUCCUGAUAAUCCUGAAGACGUACAACAGGCGGACACAUGAAUCCAGGGUCCUGGGAGCCAGAGGGGGCUCCAAACCCCGUCCGAAGAUGUCACAAUCCACAGUUAACACCAGCAGUCCGCUGACCCCCAUAGGAAUCAGCUCUGUGUCGAGCAGCAUCUUCAGUUCAAACCCAGUCUCAGAGAGCGACUUGCAGCUGCCCAGAGGGGAGCUGAACAGCAUGGAGGGAAACCACACAGAGCAGUUAAGCACCAUCAGUGAAUCCACUACGAUCACCAUAAAUGAGUCUCCAUCAACAGGAAACACAUAGCAACAAGACUGUGCUUUAGUCUCACAACAAGCACCGAGCGAUGUGUCAUCUUCACCCCUGACCGUAUACGCUGUGUGCUGACUGAAUCCAGUGGAAACUCGACCUGGGACGUUAGUGUCGUCACUGUCGAUCACCACCAACUGAGCCACUGCUGGUCACUGCAACGAUACCGAGAUGUUCUUGUGGUGGGCAUGAACAAAAUGGUACCUUAAACAGACAUGGUGGAUUGCAUGAAGGAUGUUGCAUGAUGGGAAACUGAGAUUGCUUUUUGGCUACAGUCAGUGUUCAGAGCAUAGAUGCCAGAAGUUUCUCACUGCUUGUAGUCUUUGCAGAUCACUUCUAAUACAAUGAAGAAAAUGUGUAGUAAAGACUGUAAUGCGCUUUAGUGUGUACAUUUCUGUAUUAACGAUGACCACAUAAGUUCAUGAGUAAAUGUAGAAUUAGUAUAGACUUCAGAGAAGACAAAGACAGUAAGAAAGAUCUCAGUGUGUAAUGGAUACCAAUAUGUUUGAGAAAAAUGUGUUGAUAUUGCAUACUUUAUUCUGCUUAACCUUGCAUUAUACUGUCUUUGUCUUCUGGUCACAGAUUUUCUCAGAUUAGUUUUCGUUAAAGAAAUCUAUAAAUUGUCAGUGUGAUUUGUACUUUGUAUAACAAAGAGACCAUAGAGAUAUUUUGAGACAUCUGGGUGUCAGCUUAACACGGUGAUGUAAAGCCUUUUUUAGUUUGACGCCAAAUGAUUUUGCACUUUAUUUUCAUUGCUCUCUGUAUUUGUAUUGUUUGUGGUUCUUUAAAUGAAAUGAG